AUGAACGAGCUGGAAGCGCUACGGCAGGAGGCGGAAACGCUGAAGAACGCCAUCCGCGAUGCGAGGAAGGCGGCCUGCGACACGUCGCUCGUGCAGGCGACGAACAAUCUCGAACCGAUCGGGCGAAUACAAAUGCGCACACGGCGCACCCUGCGCGGCCAUCUGGCAAAGAUCUACGCCAUGCACUGGGGCAGCGACUCGCGCAACCUGGUGUCGGCCUCGCAGGACGGCAAGCUGAUCGUAUGGGACUCGCACACCACGAACAAGGUGCACGCGAUCCCGCUGCGCUCGUCCUGGGUGAUGACGUGCGCGUACGCCCCGUCCGGGAACUUCGUGGCGUGCGGUGGCCUGGACAACAUCUGCUCGAUCUACAACCUGAAGACGCGCGAGGGCAACGUGCGCGUGUCGCGGGAGCUCCCGGGUCACACGGGUUACUUGUCGUGCUGUCGCUUCCUGGACGACAAUCAGAUCGUGACCAGCUCGGGAGACAUGUCCUGCGGGCUGUGGGACAUCGAGACGGGCCAGCAGUGCACCUCGUUCCUCGGCCAUACCGGCGACGUGAUGGCCCUGUCGCUGUCGCCGCAGUUCCGCGUGUUCGUGUCGGGGGCGUGCGACGCCUCGGCGAAGCUGUGGGACAUCCGCGAGGGUCAGUGCAAGCAGACAUUCCCGGGGCACGAGAGCGACAUCAACGCGGUCACCUUCUUCCCGAACGGGCACGCGUUCGCGACCGGCUCGGACGACGCCACCUGCCGGCUGUUCGACAUCCGCGCCGACCAGGAGCUGGCGAUGUACUCGCACGACAACAUCAUCUGCGGCAUCACGUCCGUCGCGUUCUCCAAAUCCGGCCGGCUGCUGCUCGCCGGCUACGACGACUUCAACUGCAACGUCUGGGACACGAUGAAGGCGGAGCGGGCGGGCAUUCUGGCCGGACACGACAACCGGGUGUCCUGCUUAGGGGUCACGGAGAACGGUAUGGCCGUCGCGACCGGCUCCUGGGACUCGUUCCUGCGCGUGUGGAACUAA